AUGAGAUCUGUCUGUCUAGUAGCAGCCUUAUGGCUGGUCGUCGCCGCCGGCGAGAAGAGAGGUCUCUCCGAUCUAGGAUACUACGGAGGGCAUUUCGAGUCCGGCUUCCAGCCUAUGAUCGGCCAUCACGAAGAGAACCACCAUGUCAAGGCCAUCACCAUUACUAAGAAGGUACCGGUACCUUAUACCGUAACCGUUGAGAAGAAGGUACCGUACGAAGUCAAGGUGCCAGUGGACAAGCCAUAUCCCGUGUAUGUGCCUAAACCGUACGCAGUGUACGUAGAGAAGAAAGUUCCCUACGAAGUGAAAGUACCCGUACCUCAGCCCUACACUGUCGAGAAACACGUGCCAGUACCAGUCAAAGUACCAGUGGACAAGCCGUAUCCAGUACAUAUUGUGAAACCUUACCCCGUCUACGUCGAGAAGAAGGUUCCAUACCCAGUCGAAAAGAAGAUACCAUAUCCAGUAAAGGUACCCAUCGAUAGGCCCUACCCAGUUCAUAUCCCUGUCGAGAAGCCAGUACCUUACCCUGUAGAAAAGGCUGUACCUUAUCCAGUUAAGGUACCUGUAGAUAAUCCGGUACCCUACCCAGUGGAGAAGCCAUACCCCGUACCUGUCGAGAAACAUGUGCCGUACCCAGUCGAGAAAGAAGUACCUUACCCAGUUAAAGUACCAGUCAAAGUGCCUGUGGAAGUACCCUAUCCAGUGGAGGUACAUAAGCCCGUCCACAUCCCAGUCCAUGAGGGACAUGAGGGUGGCGAACACUCAUAUGGUGACUACUCUGGGGGCGAACACUCUUUUGGUGACUACUCCGGCUCUGAAGGUCACUUCGAGGAGUCUUCUGGAGGCCAGCACUACGGCCAGGACUACGGCCAUGGCAGCAGCCAGGUCGAACAGAAGAUCUACACCGGACAUGGCCACUCCACUGGUUUCACGAGUGUAGUACACCACGGAUAA